AUGUCAGCUUGGUUGGAUGUUUUGACUUUGAAUGGGACUGAUCUCUUGGACUAUGGGCGCAAAGAAAGACGGCUUCAUGAUGAAGGUCUUACAACUACUCGAAGAAAAUGGCAUCGCACACUUGCAGUGAACUACAGACCUCCUUACCUGACGCUUCGGCUUCGCCUCCUUGGUAUUACUUAUGGAAAAUCGAAAGAUGAUUGGAUGUUUUGGUGGGUUACCGAAUACGAGCAUUAUGCAGGCGAGUUUUGGGCAAUGGUUCAUCGGGUGGAUCUCGACGUCAACGUCCCUGGUGGAUGGGUAGACGAGCGCGAUAGAUAUUAUUACGAGUAUCAAGAGGAGGAAGUAGCAAGGGAAUGGUUAGACGAGGAGCUCAUGCCAAUGAUAUGGUCUGAAUAUUGUGAGAUAAAAGCACCGCUCUGA